AUGGAUUUUCAAAAACAACAAGAAACAAAUAAAAAUGAUCGUAUUAUAAUAAAUGUAUGUGGUAAUCGUUAUGAAACAUGGCGAACAACACUUGAACUUUAUCCAGAUACAUUACUUGGAAAUGAGAAACGACGUAGAUAUUAUUAUGACAAAACUCGUAAAGAAUAUUUUUUUGAUCGUCAUCGUACGUGUUUUGAAGCAAUACUUUAUUAUUAUCAAUCGCAUGGUCGUUUAAGACGACCUGAAUAUAUUCCACUUGAUAUAUUUAUUGAAGAAGUUACUUUUUUUCAAUUAGGAGAACAAGCACUUAAGCAAAUACGUAAAGAUGAAAAUAUAAAAGAAGUUAAAAAAGUCCGUUUACCAAAACAUCCUAUUCGAAGAUAUUUAUGGAUAACAAUGGAAUAUCCUGAUUAUUCAAAAACAGCAAAAAUUGUUAAUAUUUUAUCAUUGGCUAUGAUUAUUAUAUCAACUAUUACUCUUUCGAUUGAAACAUUACCACAAUAUGUUGUUUCAGACAAUUUAAAUUGUGAAAAAGAUCACAAUAUAACAGUAACAACUACUUCUCAUGUUAAUAUACGAACAAAAAAUUCAAUUGUAAAAAAUCCAAUACAAAUAGCUUGA